AUGGCUGACUCCAUCAAUCCUCCCCUAUCCUAUGAGGCUUCGGCCACUGCGACUCAUCAACAUGAGGCCUCUUCUUUACCUACGGAGGUGAUCUCUUGUCUGAAGAACUCCCGCUUCCUCCAUCUCGCAACAUGCGAUAAUCUGACCCCGCAUAUAUCUCUCAUGUCAUAUACCUAUCUCCCCUCGACUCCAUUCGAUGCCUACCCAACGAUCAUCAUGACCACCAACCCCGCGUCCAGAAAAACCAACCAUCUUCUUAACAACCCGCGCGUUUCUUUGCUAGUCCAUGAUUGGGUGUCCCAUCGCCCACCAACUCGCACCCUGAAUCCGCAUGGCGAGCGUGAGGGUUCUCCCCCACCCGCCGCGACCCGGUCGUCACUGGCGAGCUUGCUCCUCAAUCUCAACACCAGUGCUCUCUCCAGCAUCUCCACUACCAUCACUGGCGAAGCCCGUUUUCUGGAGCUUGGAUCUGACGAGGAGUCCUGGUGCAAGGAGCGUCAUCUAGAAAACAACACAUUUGAAGAAGAAGAGAUCAAUCUCUUUGGUCAGCAGCAACAAGAGCAACGGGACGUGAACGCCCGCCGUCCUAGUAUGUCAAUUGAUAGUGAUGUACGGGUGGUGACUGUAAGAGUCCGCGAGGGUCGUAUUGCGGAUUGGAAGGGUGGUGUACGAGACUGGAUUCUGCUUCCUCCAGCUGAUGCGCACGAAGGGCUCGUCAAUGGCGUUUCUUCAUAG